AUGGGAAAGCCCAGACCGCAAAAGAAGAAAUCAUCAAAACCCCGCGAAAAGUCCGUCCUAGGCCCUGGUGGCUCGAUCUCGAAAGGCAAAAUGGCUCAAGAUCCCUCAGUUCUGCUCGACCAAGCCACUAUCCUCCUACAGACUGGCCGAGCCGAUGAGGCACUCGUUAUUGCCCAGGAAGCUCUGGAAUUGACCGCUGAAAACACCACCGCACAGCUCCCCGCCAUUAAUCUGCUUGGAGAGAUCAACGUCGAACUAGGCGACAUCGACACUGCCAGAAACUGUUUCCUUCAGGCAGUCCAACUCGACCAGGAUGGCUCGAUACCGGAAGCGCAGGGUGGAGGUGCCGAGAAGUUCCUUUGGCUCGCACAAUUGAGUGAGCAGGGUGGAAAGGACAGCGUCCUCUGGUUCGAGAUGGGUGUGAAUUCGCUUAGAAAGUCUAUCGCGGCUCUCGAGGGCAAAACCUCACCCACGCCAGAGGAGAUUGCCGAUAUCACACAGAAGAAGACCAAGAUGUCUAACGCUCUUUGCGCCGUCGCUGAAACGUACAUGACUGAUCUUUCCUGGGAAGAGGAUGCCGAAGCUCGAUGUGAAGCACUUGUUACAGAAGCCCUCCUUGUCACGCCUGAAGCACCGGAGGUACUACAGACCCUCGCCUCCGUCCGAAUCUCACAACUGCGCACCGAAGAUGCACAAGCCGCACUUACUCGCAGCAUGACCUUCUGGAAGGAUCUCGCCCCGGAGGAUCCCAAGGUUCCCGAUUUUGCACUGCGCAUCAGUCUUGCGCGACUCCUGAUGGAGGUCACUAUGGAGUUCGAGGCUCUGGAAGUCCUCGAGCGCCUGAUCCUUGAAGAUGAUCAAAGUGUGGAGGCAUGGUACCUCGGAGGCUGGUGUCUCUUCCUGCUGGCAGAAAAGCAAGUGGCACCGAAGGAUGUGCCCGCUGAGGAGCUUACCGAGUCACCGCGACAGGCAUCACUGGAGGCUAGUCGCGAAUGGCUCAAGCAGGCACUCAAGCUCUACGAUGCCCUUGAGUAUGAGGACGAGCGGCUUCGCGAUCAUGCCCUGGAACUUGUACAGGAGAUGAACAAAGAAAUCGGAGAGUAUGAGAGUGAAGCCGAAGAAGAGGGAGAAGGAGAGGAUGAGGAGGAGUUGGAGAUUGAAGCUGACUCCGAUGAUGAGAUGGCGGAUUCGUAG